UAUCUCAUUCACAAAAACACCAGAAGCAAAUCAAAACCAGAAAGCUAAAACCAAACAGACAUGGCAAAAUAUCAGGCAUGUUGUGUGAUUUUGAUACGUGAUUCAAUGAUUUUAAGCAUGACAUUAGCACACAAAACAUGACAAAGACGUGUGUGUGCAAGUGCAACCCAUGACAUAGAAUAUUAAGGAAGCAGCAAUAGCAACAUUCCACACAGAAAACACAAGACACUGAUAUAGCAAACGAGAAAGGUGGAAAAGGAAGUACUUUGAAUUGUGGAAGCGUUGAGAAUGAGUUCUGGAAGCAGAGGGAACUUGAAGGACUCAAGCUUUACUAGUAACAUGAACACCGCCACAACCAGCAACAAGGACAAGGCACUUGCUCAGUUCAGUGCAGAUGCUGAGAAUCUUGCAGAGUUUGAGCAAUCUGGUGCCUCUGACAAAUCAUUUGACUACUCAAAAACAGUUCUUGAUUCUCCCAGGUUAGUGUCUGAAGAGAAAAUGACUGCAUAUUUGUCUAAAAUCCAAAGGGGUGGUCUUAUCCAAUCCUUUGGUUGUAUGCUAGCAAUUGCAGAAUCCACUUUUACAAUCAUUGGAUACAGUGAGAAUUGCUUUCAAUUGUUAGGCUUAGAGAGGCAUAUUGAUUCAAAACAGCAGCUUCUGGGUCUGAUUGGGGUUGAUGCCACAACCCUCUUCACUCCCCCUUCUGGGGCUUCCCUUGCAAAAGCUGUGUCUUCCAGGGAAAUUUCACUUUUGAACCCAAUUUGGGUCUAUACAAGGACAACCCAGAAGCCAUUUUAUGCUAUACUCCACAGGAUUGAUGUUGGGGUUGUGAUUGAUUUGGAGCCAGCAAGGUCCAGUGACCCUGCAUUAUCACUUGCUGGGACAGUUCAAUCACAGAAGCUGGCUGUUAGAGCAAUUUCAAGGCUGCAAUCUCUUCCUGGGGAAGAUAUUGGUCUGCUUUGUGACGCGGUUGUUGAGGAAGUGCAGAAGUUUACUGGAUAUGAUAGGGUUAUGGUUUAUAAGUUUCAUGAGGAUGACCAUGGUGAAGUUGUGUCUGAGAUUAGGAGGUCAGAUUUAGAGCCUUACUUGGGUUUGCAUUAUCCUGCCACAGAUAUCCCACAAGCUGCACGCUUCUUGUUCAAGCAGAACCGCGUAAGGAUGAUUUGUGAUUGCCAAGCGAAUGCGGUUAAGGUGAUUCAGAGUGAAGAUUUAAUGCAACCUCUUUACUUGGUGAACUCAACCCUCAGGGCACCACAAGGUUGUCACUCACAGUACAUGGCUAACAUGGGCUCAAUUGCUUCUCUGGUGAUGGCUGUCAUAGUCAAUGGAAAUGACACAACAAGGCUUUGGGGAUUGCUGGUUUGUCAUCACACUUCACCGCGCUAUGUGCCUUUCCCAGUCCGUUAUGCUUGUGAGUUCCUAAUGCAGGCUUUUGGCCUGCAGCUUUACAUGGAGAUUCAACUGGCAGCACAAAUGGCAGAGAAGAGAAUUCUUAAAACACAAACUUUGCUGUGUGACAUGCUCCUGCGCGAUGCACCGUUUGGGAUUGUGACUCAAUCCCCGAGUAUCAUGGACCUUGUGAAGUGUGAUGGUGCUGCCUUGUACUAUGAUGGUAAGUGUUGGUUGUUAGGCACAACCCCAACUGAAUCACAGGUGAAGGACAUUGCAGAAUGGCUACUUGUUAAUCAUGGAGACUCAACAGGUUUGAGCACAAAUAGUUUGGCUGAGGCGGGUUAUCCGGGCGCUACUUCGCUGGGGGAUCCAGUUUGUGGCAUGGCCACAGCAAGAAUCAAUUCAAGACAUUUCUUGUUCUGGUUCAGGUCUCACACUGCUAAGGAAAUGAAAUGGGGAGGAGCCAAGCAUCAUCCAGAGGAUAAGGAUGAUGGAGGGAAAAUGAACCCAAGAUCAUCCUUUAAAGCUUUUCUUGAAAUAGUCAAAAGAAAAAGUUUGCCUUGGGAAGUGUCAGAGAUUAAUGCUAUUCACUCAUUACAACUAAUCAUGAGAGAUUCAUUCCAAGACACACAGAAUUUCGGUCCAACGACUCUAAAUUUUAUACAGAAAAUUGGCACUGCAAUUGAAAGGAAGGGUGAACUCAGUUCAGUAGCGUGUGAAAUGGUGAGAUUAAUUGAGACAGCAACAGUCCCCAUUUUUGGGGUUGAUUCAGAUGGCCUAAUCAAUGGAUGGAAUGUACAAACUUCUGAAUUGACAGGUCUGCAGGCUAGUGAAGCUAUAGGAAAAUCCCUAGUAAAUGAAGUAGUACACGCGGAUUCGCGCGAAACUCUUACAAAUGUCCUAAGCAGAGCCUUGCAAGGUGAGGAGGAAAAAAAUGUUGAGUUGAAAAUAAAACACUUUGGGAUUGAUCAAAAAAAAGUUGUUUAUCUGAGGGCCAAUGCCUGCACUAGUAGGGACUACACAAAUGCCAUUGUUGGGGUGUGCUUUGUAGGUCAAGACAUAACUCACGAGAAAGUGGUUCUAGACAAGUUCAUCAAGUUGGAAGGUGAUUACAAAGCCAUCAUACAGAGUCUCAAUCCAUUAAUUCCACCCAUUUUCGCUUCUGAUGAGAAUGCAUGCUGCUCUGAAUGGAAUGCAGCCAUGGAAAAGCUAACUGGUUGGAAGAGAGAAGAAGUCAUAGGAAAAUUACUUCCUGGGGAGAUCUUUGGGAACUUUUGUCAAUUGAAAGGUCAAGAUACACUCACUAACUUUAUGAUUUUACUGUAUCGCGGACUAAGUGGUCAAGAUUCCGAGAAGUUACCAUUUGGAUUUUUUGAUAGAAAUGGAAAAUUUGUUGAGGUUUAUAUAACAGCAAGCAAGAGGAACGAUGCGGCUGGGAAUAUGAUAGGCUGUUUCUGCUUCUUGCAGAUCGUGUCGCGAGAUCCGAGCCAGCCCUCUGAUGGACACAGGUCUGAAGGCAGAGAAAGCAUUUAUGAAUCUAAGGAGUUAGCUUAUAUUCUACAAGAGAUGAAGAACCCUUUGAACGGUUUAAGGUUCACACACAAACUUCUGGAAAACACGGCGGUCUCAGAAAAUCAGAAACAAUUUCUUGAUACUAGUGAUGCAUGUGAAAGACAGAUCAUGGCAAUUAUUGAGAAUUCAGAUUUAGAAAGUAUAAAUGAAGGCAGCACUUUGCAGCUAAACAUGGAAGAAUUUCUUCUGGGAAAUAUUUUAGAUGCCAUUGUGAGUCAAGUGAUGAUGUUGAUAAAAGGAAAAAACUUGCAGCUGUUUCAUGAAAUUCCGGAGGAAAUCAAAACACUUGCUCUAUAUGGUGAUCAAAUUAGGCUGCAGGUGGUGUUGUCUGAUUUUUUGCUUAAUGUAGUUAGCCACACACCAUCUCCAAAUGGCUGGGUAGAAAUCAAGAUUUCACCCGGUUUGAAAAUAAUACAGGAUGGCAAUGAGUUUAUCCAUCUCAAGUUCAGAAUGACCCAUUCUGGUCAAGGUCUCCCUUCUGCUGUUCUUCAUGAUAUGUUUGAAGGAGGGAAUCAGUGGACUACACAGGAAGGUCUAGGGCUAUAUAUGUCGAGGAAAAUUCUCAGUAGGAUGAAUGGUCAUGUCCAAUAUGUAAGAGAACAAAAUAAGUGCUAUUUCCUCAUUGAUCUUGAACUUAGAACAAGAAAAGAAAGGCAAAGGAAUUUGCAAGCAAAGAUAAGCAUGUCAAGUUAGCUUUCUUCUCUACAUUGGCAUAUAUGGGAAGUGCUCAUUUCAACAUAGCUUUGAAGAUUGACAUAUAUCAAAGCAAUUUUCUAUAUAUCUGGCUGUAUACUGCAGCUGAAAAGUUACUACAGUAAAAUAGGAAAUGAGCUAUGAAUAGUGUUCCCCUAUUGUUUUGAAUGCUAUUAAUUUAAUCUAAUUAAGGUGCAAUCUUGUAAUAUUGUCACCAGAAAUCCAGAAUUGGUUUGUGCUC